GAAACCAAAUGGCUCGGUAACGGUUCCUCUAAGUUGCAAACACUGCGACACGUAUAACUCGGUGGUGAUCCGUGAUCGUUUCCUCUCUCUCUCUCUCUCUCACACAUGGCUUGUUUACAGCCUCCAUGGUUCUCUUCGUUGCGCGUCGUGUCCCCGGCAAAACUCAAAGCAGGACCGCCUUCAGCAACGAACAAACCCGCCAAGCCGCUGUGUUGGGCCGUGGGCCCUGACAAUGCUGAAUCUUCUGAGCCCGACGCUCCAAAGCCCGUACCCGAUGGUCCCGUUGAUCCUGUGAAGCUGGCGUUUAGCAAGGCUGAAGCAUAUAAAGAGUCCAUAAAACCGAACUCUGGUCUGGGAACUACGCAAAGCGCAGCUGAUAAUAAUGAUGACAAUGAGGCCCAAAAGGAUUUGCCAGAUUCUGUCAAGAUCGCAACGGAGAAGGCCAAAAAGUACAAGCAGAAUAAAGGAGUUGCAGCUGUUAGUGAAACAACUCAAGGUAGAUACCUGGGAGUGAGUGAUAGGAGUUCAGGAAAAAAUGUUAUGGACAAUAAGGUUGGUAAGAAGGGAGAACUUUCAGUUUCAAGGAUGGAUUUUGCGGGGCUUGGCUUUGUAGAGAAGAAGACGACUAGGGGAUUGCCACCUGGAUUGGUUCCUAUUUCGGAACCCUUCUUUGAUGGUGACUUGCCUGAGGUGGAGCUUAUUGUUGGAGACACUAGCAAGUUUGAUGAUGCAACGACUCCAGAACCUGAACAGACUAAUAAGGAGGACGAGGCUGAACUUUACAAGCCAAAAGUUUCUACCUGGGGUGUCUUUCCUAGACCUGGCAAUAUUUCAAAAACAUUUGGUGGUGGAAGAGUUAUACGUCUGGGAGAGGUUCUAGAGACCGAAGAAGAAAAAGCUGUUAAAGAAGCACGCACAGAGCAGCUACAUGCUGCUGACAAGAAGAAAGUUGGAUUAAAUGUUGAUCCAAAGCUAAAAUAUGAGUGCGAGGAGAGUGAGCUCCAUGGAUUAGCUGCUUUGCAGUGGUCAAUUUGUCAAGACUCCCUCAGUAGGUCCAAUGAGACUCGAGGUAUGUAUGAGAAGCUUAAAUCUCAUCCAAAUCCUAAAGUAAGCAAGAAAGCAAGACAGUUCAUGUACAGCUUUCAGGCUAUGGAAAUGAUGAAGGUGACAACAGGAUCUCAAUUUUAUUUAAAGAAUUCAGACUACCAGAAUUAUUUUGAUGCAUUUGUUGAAAAUAAAUCUAACUACCCCGAAGAUGGCCUGGUUCAAGAAAGUGCAAUGAAUCAGGUUUUGCCGUAUAUUCUUUUUCUUGUUUCUCCUAUUUUUGUCGUACUACUUAUUGCUGUUCGGAAAGGAACAUAAAUCUCUUUCUUUUGUAUACAAUUUCCAUUUGUUUUA